GACGGUACAAGAUGGCAGCGCCCAUGAACGAAAGACGAAAACACGACUGUGAAAGUAAUUCACGGUCAGAGCUGUACACAUGUAUUUUUACCUGCUAAAGAUUGUUACAAUAUAUUGGAUUGUACCGGCAUAGGUAUUUUCACAAAAAGGCAGGAUGGUUGGGCGCCUGUCCCCUAUGCCCACAGUGGCGGACAUUGUCAAACUUUACCGAAUCAGUGCGAAAAAACACCUGUCCCAAAACUUUUUGUUUGACAUGAAUAUCAAUAGAAAAAUUGUGAAAGCAGCAGGACGCAUCACUAAUGGCUAUGUGUGUGAGGUCGGGCCAGGGCCUGGAGGUAUCACCAGGGCAAUACUGGACAAACAGGUGGAACACCUAGUCGUCAUAGAGAAGGACAGUCGGUUCAUACCAAGCUUACAGACUUUAUCACAAGAAUCCAACAACAGACUGCGGGUAAUCCUUGGAGAUGUGCUGUACUUUGACAUGGGCCGUCUAUUCCCUGAAGAGCUGAUCUCUCCAUGGGACAAAGAUCCCCCAAAUAUCCACAUCAUUGGGAACCUUCCCUUCAAUGUGGCCACACCACUGAUUAUUAGGUACCUGGAGUCCAUUUCCAGACAAACUAGUGUGUGGCGCUAUGGGCGUGUCAGGAUGACACUGACUUUUCAGAAGGAAGUAGCAGACAGAAUAGUGUCACCCAUUCUUAAAGAUGAGCGAUGUCGUCUGUCUGCCAUGUGUCAAAACUGGUGUCAUGUCACUAACAAGUUUACUAUUCCAGGUGCUGCAUUUGUGCCUAAGCCUAAGGUAGAUGUGGGAGUGGUCCACUUCCUUCCUCGUAUCAAACCAAUGAUUCCACUACCAUUUCCUCUGGUGGAGAAAGUCUGUAAACAUGUCUUCCACCAUAGGAACAAGAAAUUAUCGUUUGGAGUGAAGACUUUGUUCCCGCCUGACUUAAGCCACCUGACAGAGGAGACCUUGAGGAUUGCUGACAUCCCUGCAGACACAAGGUCAUACAUGUUGACCUUGAGUGAAUUAGGACGUCUGAGCCAGGUUUAUAGUGACAUAUGUGAUACCUACCCUCAUGUGUUUACCUACGACUAUCGUAGUGAAGAGGGUCAGAAACUUCUCCGUGAGGACAGAAUGAGGCGCAGACAGGAGAGGGUGGAGAAACAAGAGAGUCUCACGCAGACACCAAACAGUGGAAAACUGGACAUUACAUAAUAGCAGUGUGAAUAAAAAUACAAGCCAA